UUGUUUAUCAAUAAUAAACGUAAAGUAAUUAUUUUCCAAUUUCCAUAACGAUGACAACAAUUAAGAAGCAUAUUUUUACUCCCAUCGAGAAGAAAACUUUUUUGGAUAUUUUGAAAAGAUACUCCUCGGUGAUAGAGAAUAAGGAUACCGAUGGCGCUUCAUUACGCGCAAAAAAUAAAGCUUGGGAUAUUGUGACCAGAGAAUACAACGCAAGCCCUCAUGCCACUAAUCAGGUUACAAAUAAACAACUGAGGAGAUUGUGGAUGAACCUCAAGCAGCGGCAAAGGGAAGCACUAACAAAAGAACGUCAACAUCGGCUAGCUACUGGAGGGGGGCCUGCAUCCAGUGAUGCAGUUGUAGAACCAGAUGUGUCUGAGGUGGCCCCUGCUCUAAUAGUUGGUAUCGAUGAUGCUGUUGACUCUGGUACAAAUCCAGUAACCGCUGACCUUGCCGUCCAAGAAGUAAAUAUGGACUCGCAGCCCGUCUCUUAUCUUCCCUCAACUUCUUCCCAAAUACCAUCCACCAGUGCAUUUUCUGUAUCACCACUCCCAUGUGCUGUUGUUACACAAGCACCACUUGCUGCCCCAACCCGGACAACAUUGACACCACCUCCACCUCUUCCUGCUUCCACUCCAUCACCACCUCUUCCUCCAUCCACUCCACCACCACGUCUUCCUACCCCACCUCUUAUUAACCCAUCAAAUACAGCCACCCAAACUUUUCAAAGGCAUAAGAGUUCUAUUCUGGAAAAGGAAUAUAAAGACAGACAGAGACGGGCUAACGAGAUUCAUGUCUUGGAGGUUUUAUUAUUAAGAGAACGAAUAAGAGAAGCAAAGGCGAAAGCAGACCUCGCAGAACUUCAACUGCAGCAGCAGUGUUCGUCAGAUAGUGCAACUGAUGGCAGUAGAGGGAAUGUGGUUAAUUUAUUAAAUAAAAGCAUAUAAGUCAAUAUAUAAAA